UGCUUUUAUUACAUUAUGUUUCACUUCUACAAGAGAAACUAUGUCUGCUGCUGAUACUAUUGAAGAUGUUGAGAUGAAGGAGGAGAAGGAAGUAGAGAAGAAGGAUCCUGAUCUACUGUCUGUCGAGGAUAUCAAGGAACAGUGUAGAUUUAUCAGGAGAUCUGUAGAAACCAAGGAACCAAGGUUUGUUCUCCGUGUACUGCGCUGUAUCCCUGCAACCAGGAGAAAACUAAACCCUGUAGUUCUAAGAACUCUCUUCAGGAGUCUCUACACUACUGAUAUUGACAAAGAGUCUGGAAAGGAGCUCAUGAAGUUUGUAUCCCCUGCUGUUGAACUGGAUCAGACUGCUACCCCUAGUAGAGCAAAGUCUGCUAGCCCCCUGUGCCCCGAGGUUGAUGUCUACCUCUCCCUCCUGGUCCUGAUCCAUCUCCUCGACACCAAGAAGGGGGAGCAGGCCCUCCACUGCGCUAAUCUACUUAUGGCUAAGAUUGACUCCCACAACAGGAGAACAUUGGAUGUUGUGAGCUCUAAAUGCUACUUCUACUACACCAGAUGUUACGAGGUGUUGGGUAGAUUAGCUGAAUGCCGGGGUUCCCUCCACUCUAGGCUGAGGACUGCUACACUUUUACAAUCUUUAUAACAGGCGGAUAAGCUUGUGUUGAAGUCCAGUUUUCCUGACCACGCAUCUAACAACGAGUGGGCUAGAUACUACUACUAUCUAGGACGUAUCAAGGCUAUGCAGCUGGAGUACAGUGAGGCACACAAGAAUCUACAGAUAUCCGCUAGGAAGGCUCCUCAAAACUCUGCAACAGGGUUCAAGCAACAUGUUUCCAAGCUAAGUGUGACUGUUGACCUUCUGUUGGGUAAUAUCCCAGUCCGGUCAACCUUCCUGGCACCAGAUAUCAAGGUUGCUCUAGCUCCAUACCUCCAGUUGACCCAGGCAGUGAAGAGUGGUGACUUGGUUAGGUUUGAUCAGGUUGUCAACAAGUUCGCUGCCCAGUUCCAGGUAGUUAAAACCAUCUCCCUGGCCUACUCUCGGAUCAAAUUCUCAGAUAUUGCGAAGAAGUUACUCCUAGACUCUCCUGAAGAUGCGGAGUUCAUCGUAGCAAAGGCGAUUAGAGAUGGAGUUAUUGAAGCUGUACUAGAUCACGAGAACGGAUGGAUGCAGAGUAAGGAUACUAGUGAUGUUUAUGCAACUAGAAAAAUAUCUAUUAAGGUGAAAGCAAUGAGGUUUCCUCCUAAAUCCUACAACAAGGAUCUAGAGUCAGCUGAGGACAGAAGGGAGAGGGAAGCCCAGGAUCUUGAACUGGCGAAGGAAAUGGCUGAAGAGGAUGACGAUGGAUAUUAAUUUUAUAAGUUAUCAUUGAUCAAACCAUACUAAUCAAUUAUAUCAAUUCAUUCCAUGCAUUGAUAGGGAAAAGUUAAUAAUUUCUAUGUAUAAUGAACCCGUAUUCCAGGAACUUCUUUCUAAAAUCUUCAAAAUAAAUUCAAGUGAACGAGA